AUGGCUAGGUGCCGAAGGCAUAGCUCAUGCCAAAUGAUGGUUGGGUGCCGAAGGCAUCGCUUGCGCCGAUUGAUGGCUAGGUGCCGAAGGCAUAGCUCAUGCCAAAUGAUGGCUGGGUGCCGAAGGCAUCGCUUGCGCCGAUUGAUGGCUAGGUGCCGAAGGCAUAGCUCAUGCCAAAUGAUGGCUGGGUGCCGAAGGCAUCGCUCAAGCUAUAUGAUGAAGAUUGUAUGGGUGCCGAAGGGCACUGAGGAAGGGGAGAACGACAUAAGCCUUUUGUAUCGAUUCCCACAGACGGCGCCAAACUGUUGA